AUGGAGAAGCGCGCGCUCCGGCUAGAGCAAAAGUGUAGCAAACUGGGCGUCAUGGAGGUGCCCGAGGGCGAAGACGCCUCCGAGGUCCGCGACUGCCGCGAGCAUCCCACGAGGCUCCUCCAGCCGGGCAUGAACCCGGGCGACGCCCCCUCCCGCCAGUCGUCGCCGUCACGUGACGCCCUGUCCAAGUGGCUACUAACACCAUCACACUUGAGCAAACCCCAUCGCUUCUCGGGCCCAGGCUCCCUCUCUGUAUCCACCGGCAUCUGGCUCGCCGUCGGCGGCAUCGGCCACUGUCCGUGGACCCCCGACUGGCGUCAGAGUAUGGAGGUGCAGUCCGUCCUGCUCGUGAUCACUCACUUCCUGGCCUUGGGCUGCGCGGCGGAGGCGUGGCCGGGCUGUGGGUCUCCCUUCUUCUCGGCUGCUGUCGUGGGCUUCGGGUUGGUUACGAGCUGGGCGUUCCUCUCACUGACACGGCCCUAUGUCUUCCAGGGGCUCUUCUGGUCGCUUUCGGGCCUCUACGCUGAUCUGUUGGUGAGAGGCCCACGGGCGUGGGCGCGGGCCUGUGGAAAGAGGCUGGCUGAGUCGGCGGUCGGCGCGAGGGCAUCCAGGGUGCGAGGCUAG